UUUUCAAUAGUUGUUAAAGAACCAUGUCAACCACUGCUGCUUUGGAUACAAGCAACAGAUGGGUGUUGUCACUGUCAGAUGCUACAACCUGUGGAGGGUUUGAAACUCUUGCCACCUUCAUAUCAGAGGAUAGGGUGUUGAGGGAACCAGUUGUAUCAUCAACAUCUUUUGGUCCAGAGUUUAGCGCUGUGGCUCUUGAUAAUUUGCUGGCUGUGAUACAUGAACAGGAUGUGAUCUGCACCAACUUCAAGUACCAUAUUGAUGCAAUCGCAAUAUUAGAUGGUGGAUAUCUUGCUGUAGGUGACAGAAGUGGAACUUUGACUAUAGGGGUUGUUGCUGAAGGAAAAUUUAUUGUCAAACAUUCUUGUAACAUUUUUCCUGAUAAAGCUUACACCUUAGCAACCACAUUUCAUAGAAUAUUGUUUCAAGUUGUCACAGAAAAUGAAACUACAAUCAUUGCUAGAUUAGUUUGUCUUUGCCCAGAGAACACAUUGCUGAUAUUUUCCAACCUAAUUCUACAAAAUGGAGAUAUUGAUCUAUCUGCUGUUAAAAUGGAAAAACUGGCAUGUAUCCAUGAAACAAGAGAUAUCUCUACAUUUCCAAAUGGGAUUGUCACAGUGGGAAAAGGAUUUGACUGUAUUGCUGUAUAUAGAUUUGACACAGAUGGUAUUGUUCUGGAGGACAGUAGCUCAGCAGAUGAAGAUGAUGCUGUCAUGAUUAGAGUUCAGGCCACUGAAAAUAAUGAGGUGUAUCUUACUUUAGACUCAAAGGGAACAUUUUAUUUAUGGGAUAGCCUGACCCUCUGUGUUUUGGACACAUUUUGUUUGCCAGGUGUUACAGAUUUUAGACUGGUGGAAAGCAAAUCAGACCAGUUUUUCAGCUUGGAGAAUAUAAAGCUGAUUGUGAAGCAAGGUCAUCUGAUACGCACACUCAGUCUCCCACAGCUAAAGGUUGGGUUUGAGUACAGGACUGAAUCUAGUCAUGUGGGUUUAAGCAGGAUGCCCUUGUCUCUUGAGGAAAUCUACGUGACAGAAUUUAACUGUGAUGAAGAAGACACUGAGGCACAGGUGUUCUUCAGGUGCUAUACAGAGACAAGCCCAGAGAGAAGGCUUUUGCGUCUUGUUGCUAAGAAACGGUUUGAGGAAGCUGAGCAAUUUGCUAAACUUUAUGGACUCAACUUUGAUUUGGAUCCAGUCAUCGUCCAGUACAAGCUUAGAGAGGUUAAAGACACCUUUGAUGAAAUGUCCUGCCACCUGAAACAGUGCAAAAAUCAGCUGUUGAAAAUGAAAUCUGGCAACCCAUCAGUGAAUCAAGUGCUUGCUGAGGUGUCUGAUUACAACUAUAGAUUGGAGUCGUUUGCCAGAGUGUUUGGAGAGGCUAAUUACAGCCGGUCCCAGUGGGAAAUCUUUAUGGAUGAAAGUCCUACAGCCAUGUUCAGCCACUUGCUCAUGGAGGACCCAGUCAAGGCUUUUGAGCUGUGGAGAUGUUUUCAAGCAGACAUGAGCAAGCAGCUUAAGCCAGGCACCAUCCACCUCAUCCUACAGCGGAUACCUGUGGAUGUGCCCUGCACCUUGACCGCCAGCUGGAUCUGUGACUGUGUCGUGCCAAUCCUCAUUCAGAAGGACCCAGGGGCUCUGACUGCAAUAAUCUCAUGGGCAGAGACCCAGGUGUAUCACCUAGAACAAAACAGUCAGGAUGGCUGGCCAGUGAAUGCUAUAACCUUAUGUGAAACACUGCUAAAGAGAUGGCUGGAUGGCUGGCCAUUGAAUGCUAUAAUCUUGUGUGAAACACUACUGAAGAGCCUGGAGCAAGCUGUUAAGUGUGAACUGGACCAAAUCUCAGAGCAGAACUUGCGAGAAAUUAUGACAAAAAUGAAAUGUGAAAGUGCUUUACCUCCCCUGAAAUUGCUGAUAGACCAAUUGCACUGGCUUCAUGAGCUGUGGACAAACUUUUCAUGUCAUUUAUCACUUGACAAUCUCAAAAUGGAAACAACAGAAAGUAUCGUCUACAGAAUGCUGGACAGGGUGGCGGCCGUAGACCUGCUGCCCCAGACAUUGAAACACCAGGUGUUGCCCUACAUGCAGAAGAAUGACUUGUCAGCUAAUGAAGUAUUUGCCAGCUAUGUUCAGGAUCUGAUGAACAAAACAACUUGGGGGCGCUGUCAGUACUCCUGGGAGGAGAAGAUUAAAGCCAUCAUCAGAGUCAUCAGUGAUCCUAAGAUAAAGAUUGGAGCGCUACUUAACCUGGUAGAGAAAGUUUCCCUGCCCAUCCCAGGAUUUGUACAUGAUUUGGUGGCAGAGAUCAACAGUGGGUGUCAGCAUGACCUACUGGCAACACUGAAUAACAGAUGGAACUUGAAAAAUGCUGACAAUAUCAUCUUUAACUAUGGCAUGAAGCCUGGUUAUGUGAAGACUGCACGGCAGGUCAAGGAAAUGGCCAAGUUCAUCAUCUCUAGUGGGGGACCAUUUACUGAUGUAGAGAGGCUGCUCUCUGCCCAUAAUCUCACCUCCACUGGGCUGAAAGAGCUGCACAAGUUUCAGUGUCAGCUCUUUGUCAUCAGGAAUCAGAUAGAUGAGCUGAAGCUGUACCUCAAGUCCCUGCCCACGCAGGCUGUUGUCUACUGCUGUGUUGAUGUUGUCACAACUGCCUUCUACAACAUGGAUGAGGCUGAUUUCCUGACACAGGUGAAAAAACAAGUAAGGCUGUCAUAUUUUGAAGCUGCAGGUAUCGCUGCCAGAAUUGUCCUGCCACUAAUUGAAAGCAUUACAGAAAGAAAAGAGAUAAAAUAUAAAGCCAAGAUGAUAAAAAAAGCAAAGGAUCUUGAGGUUCAUUACCAAAUCUACAUGAGUGAAGCAGGGUUUCAGGACAAGACAAGGUGUACUCAACUACUCAGACACUACAUGGGCAAGCUUCAAGAUGAGCAGCUGUGCAGUUUAGCCAACCUGCUUGGUUUGACCAAGAGUGACCUGAUCAGAACCGCCAUCUUGGAAUCAGCCAAUAGAGCAGCUUGUCCAGCUACAGCCAAACUUUUAGAAAAGCUGAGUGCCUCAGUCCCACAGAACGUGGCCAGUGGGGAACUCCUCCUCAACAGUUUGGCCAUUGUGGGGGGUGAGGGAGAGAUAAGUGUGGGGUCCUGUCUCAAGCUGGCCCAGCUCUGGUUGACACACUGUGCCUUGGAUCAGAUUCACCAAACAUCUCAGCUGGUUUCUCUGGUGUCUUUGAUGGUUGAUAUCCUGGCCCAGUCUCAGAAGAGCCAGAUGGCCAGCCUGAGCCAGAUGUGGUUAGAUGAGUACUUUAAAGAGUUGCCUCAUAGAAUGGAUACUGAAACAUUUCUCACAGAGGUUAUCAAUGCUGUGGAUGUGGCCAACAGCCCAGAAACUUCAUCAGAAAUUGUUCUGGCCAAUACCAGAGCACUGGUGGAGCCCCUGUUCUCAUGUGGUCAGCAACAACUUGCUCUGAGAGCCCUGUUGAUGUUGUCCUCCCUGCUACAGACCAAACAGCUACACACUAACCCUAUUGAUGAUGCUGAGAAAAAUCAGGAUUCAUCUGUGCUUGUGGAAAUGGUUGAGAUGUCAUAUAAAAUAUUGUCAACUACAGCAGUCCAAAUCCUGAACUUCCCCACACUAGAUGCCCACCUAGCCCUGGCUUAUGUAUUGAGUCUGCCAAACAAGCAGGCUGUGGGCCUGUUACAAUCUUCCAUCAAGUCUUGUGGCACCAACUUCAAGAAGUUGAAACGCUUCAGCAUGAUAGCCUAUGCUGCAUCAGAGAUGUUUGGCAAUCAGAAUUUGAUUGACAGCUGUCAGAGUGUUAAAGUCACCGCUAAAUGGGGGGUCAGGCUGGCCAAGAUUGGGAUCCCUUUCAAGUCUACAACUGUAACCAAUCCACUGGAUGCCUUUGAAGUCAAAGAUAAACUAGUCCAGAGCCCUCACUGUGAUGUUGAAAUUUUAACAGAAUUCUUUCGUGACUUUAAGCUGGAGGUGGACCAUCUGGACCCCAGCCUGAUGAAAAUGUUUGAGGCGUGUCUGACCAAACAUUCCGACGCCAACCCCACCCCAGCCCUGCUAGCCAAGGCUCAAGCUAUUUUAAAAUCUGUUCAAGUCAGCAAGCUAGAGACACUCAAACGACUGCUGACCAAGGUCAACUGCUACAAUUAUGAAGUGAUAGAGUUUUUGUUAGAGAAGAUUCUUGCCUUGGAAGUCACAGCUGAGUCUACAAGGGGUCUGGAGCUGCUCAGAUACCUGAAGAUGUACACAAGGUGUAAACCUCCCACCGAGAGUGAGAGGAGGGAGUGUUUUACGCCCAGAGGAGAGGCAGGGCACGGAGCAGAUCUGACUGAGCUUGACGUCCUACCAGAAAUCAGCUCCACUCGCCUCCCCUAUCAUCACCUGGUGGGCAAGGACAGGUGGAAGAUCAUCACACCUGAGCUCAACCUGCAGACCUUGAGUUCCUGGCUCAACAUGGCGCCAGUACUGCUGAUUACCCCAGAUGAUGUGGUGCUAAAAGUGGCCUCCAACUUGCUGGAAGACUACCUCAAAACCUCAUCGGCGCUGUCAACACCAGGCAAAGUCAGUGAUGAGUUCUGUACCCUGCUGGUGCAGAUUGAUAAAGUUCUCUCCCUUGUUGAGAGGAAGGAGUGUGCUAUGUGGUUUUGUCAUUCUUUCCUAGAGAAAAUCACCAAUGUGGGGGAGAAAACCCUGGCCCUCAGGGGGUGUGUCAGUCGUGUGGAUACGUGGCUUCAUUCAACAGACGAUCCCCAGAUCAAACCUAAAGCCCAGCUGACACAGCAGAUGUUCACCAACAAACUUGCCUUCUUCUCCACCCACUGGUCCCUGUGUAAGGCGGGGCUGCAGGGGGAGGGGGAGCUGCGGAAACUUGUCAAACAGCCAGAGGAGUUGAUCCAACAGCUGUACUCCCUCCCUUGUAUAGUCAACUCGGCUGAUAAAACAAAAGAUGCCAGCAAGAAAGGAGAUAUCAACAAGCUGUGUGAGGAAAUAGCUGACCAGCAUGGUAUCAACCUGUUGGAGCUCCGCCUCUCUCUCAUAGACAAGUGGGUUCUGGGAGCUACAGCCAUUGCUGAUGCUGAUCAGACCAUGACAUUUGAUGUUGUAUGUGACUUGACUGUCAAUGAAGAGGACAUUGUAAAAAGAGUGAUUUAUCUACUGGAUUCUAGAGAUCGGGAAGAGUGUCUCAAAUAUUUAGCUGGAAUUAUCAAAGGGACUGAGGCCUGCAACAACCAGUCCUAUAAACGUGCCUUGUUUUGUUUGCUGAGGUGUGCCACAGAGGAUGAGAUCAAAGAUCAUUUGGGGGACCACAUUUUUUAAGCAAGAUCAAAGAUCAUUAGAACAUUUUAAAACAAGAUCACAGAUUGUUUAGAAACAGCAUUUUUUAAACAUCAAAGAUCUUUUGAGGAUAAUAUUUUUCAGACAAGAUCAAAGAUCAUUUGGGGGACAAUUCCUAUUAAAAAUAAAAGAUAAUUUGUGGAAAUAUCUAGACAUGUUUAAAGAUCAUUUGGGGGAAAACAUAUCCUAUAGAUCAAAGUUCAUUUGGGGACAUUUCUAAUAGAUAAAAAACAUUUGAUUGUGGAUUUACAAUCAAGGAUAUUUUAUAGUGAUGUCUUCUAGAAAUACAUUCUAGCAAAGAUAAAACUCAUAUGAAUGAGGGGCUCACAUCCAGUCGAAAAGAUUUUCUGGAAACCUAACUCACUGUUUCAGCUUUACAACUCAAAUUGCGCAGUAGCUCUGCACAACCUCAGCUUGACCAAGUGUGCAGCUCUAAAUAACCACAGCAUCAACAUCAAUUCCCUCUGUAACUAUGACACUGUACAUCCUUUUCUAAUUUCACAUUUUUCUUUGCUGUAUAUUUGUAUUUCAUCUAGUAAACCAGUUUACUUGAUGCUAACCUCAUCUUUUCUGAAUCUCCUUUUAACACCUGAAUUAUUCACAUAGUGAUAAGUAAUCACAUUUUGGAUAAUAAUGGAUUAAUUAAAAUUCACUUUUUUAUUAUUAAAAUGAUACAUAUUGUCUUUUGUAACAGUAAAAAUAUUUGUAUAUUAUUGAUUACUUUCUUUACCUAAUUUUUAAAAAUUAAAUGUAUUACUUAGUAGUAAAAAUCUUUGUAUAUUAUUGAUUACUUUCUUUCUGGAAUUUUUAAAAAUAAAUGUAUUACUUACGUAGUAUCACAGAAUGAUGGAGUCUUGUCUGUUUACAUUAUGAAUGUUAUAUUCUUGUGAUGAAAAUCCUGGGUACAAUUACAGUGUAAUUAAUUGUUAAACUUUACUUGUAUUUAACUCAUAGUCUGAGAAAAAUUUCUUCACUAGUCCUACCA